AUGUGCGUCACCGCGCCGCACGCUUCCGUCACCACGUGCCGACACGCUCGCCCACCACGCACACGCGCCUCGCCCACCAGGCCACGAUGCGCCCGGACACAACUCCCAACCGAUCGCACCCAGCUCCCCCACCAGUUUCUUCCUCUCCCCAAAUGCACAAAUAAACCACCAACCCUAACCAGAUCGAACCCCGCCGUCGCGGUGGCCGUGCUCGCCGCCGGCGCGCACGUGCAUCCCUGGCCGGCACUCCGCGUCACGCACGUCGCCGCCAGGACGCACGCACGAGGAGAUGCCGCCGCCAGGACGCACGCACGCCUACUUCCUCGCGCCGGUGGCCGCCAGAUCCGCCGCCACCGACAGGAGCACCUUCAGCGUGCCGGUGGAGGACGGACGACGGCGCGGUUGCUUUGGCACCUGAUCUUCACCACUCCGGCCUCCUCGCCUUCUUCCCCUACGACCUCGUCGACGACGCGCGCCGCGCCGCCGCGGUCCGCGCCAACAACGGCCGGGUCUACUUCGUCUAGGAGAUCCUGCGCUUGCUCCACUACGCCGACGCGCACGUCGGCCUGCCCGUGCGGGACGCGGUCGUCGCACACGCUCAAGGCCGGCGUCGAGGUAUGUGGGUGGAUCUCGCGGGGCUCCGUCAACCUGGCCUGCCGGUGUCCGGUGCUUCUGCCAAGUCACGGAUGCUGCCGACGCCAAGCUCCUCGAGCCAGUGGCUGCAAGAUCCGAACCAACGCCUGGCCUCUAUCCCGAUCUUCUCCUACACAAUGCCAGGCGACGCCCGCGCAGCAACCUGGGGCUUGAAGACUUGAUCAUGCAGUGGAGCUGGUUGCCGUGGCCCGGCGCGUGGUCGCGCCGGCUCCGACGAUGAGAAGAUCGGCGGCCGACGAGCUCGUGCAUAGGCGCCCGGCGACCUCGUGCAAGGGCGCAGCGGAGCGAGGCGGACCGGAGCGAGGCGGACUCGUGCAAGGGCGCAGGAGAGCGAGGCGGACUCGUGCAAGGGCGCAGCGGAGUGAGGUGGACCGCGGCCAGAUCCCUAGCGAAACCGCGGAUCGCAGCCGGAUCGAGCGCACGAUGUGAAUACAAUUACAGCCGUGAACUAUUUUUUUUGUAAACAUUGUAAUAUAUUAUAAAUAUUUCUCUUGUAAUAUAAUAGUAGCAGGCAGUAGGCCUGAUUUUUUUUUGUUUUACCAAAUUAAUAGCAGUGGCGCACCAUCCACACAAUGCGCUAUUGUUAAUGAAUGUAUAGUGGCGCACUCGAUGGACACAAUGCGCCAUUGCUAAGGAAUAUAUAGUGGCGCACUGGAUAGACUUUCUAA